AUGGCGACUAUUUCCUCAUUUGCUGGUCAGCCUGGCGCUGCGAUGAAACGAGAUCCAAAUAUAACUCGCAGUCUGGAUCUAUCAAUGGGUCUUUCUGAAGGUCUUCGUGAUACUACUACAACACCAGCGCCUCGAGCGUGUCAGUUCUGGAAGCAUUGGGCUGAGAGCAAGGCUGUUUCCACCGAAACAGAUGAAUGGUGUUUGAAUCCACCCAACCACGAAACUGGCGAUUAUGAAGCAACGGGGCUGUUCACAAUGUCGUGGUUCGUUCAAAAACUGUGCGCAUAG